UAAACAAUUAACAAAUUUACUUUUUAAGUGUUUUUCAAUGCCUAUUGUCAUUAAUUUAAAUUUGUGUAAAUGGUGUAAAUCGUGUAAAUGUAAAAAUUGUAUAUAAUUACAAAAAGGUUUACAUUUGGAAUAGAAAACAAUUACAAUAUAAUUUAUAAAGGUUUUACGUAGUUUUUCAGCUUUUCAGCGAUACUUAUUUAAAAAUGACAGAAAAGAAACAAAUCGAGAAACUUCCUCAUCAUGAGCAAAAAGAAUUAUGUACAACAAGAGCUCCUUACAGACAAGGGAAAAAAUUGACAGCUGUAAAGGUUUACACAAUCAAUAGUGAAUCACCUCAUAUAGUUGUUUGUGGAGUACCAAAAUUAGAUCUAAAUAAGGAGGUGAAGAAACUUUUCUUUCCCUAUGGAGAAAUUAAGAAGUUUUGCUUAAUUCCUGAAUAUCCAUCGGAGGAGUUCACCGAAACAUUUCACGUGCAUUAUGCCCGAAUACAAAGUGCCAGAAUAGCGAAACGUUUCAACGACUGUAAAAAUUUUUAUGGCGGUCUUCUACACGUAUUUUACGCACCCGAACUUGAAAGUAUAUCGGAGACGAGAGCAAAACUAAUUCAGCGACACAAGGAUGUCACGGUUAGAAUUAAAAGACACAAGGAAGAUCCAACGAAUCCAGAAAUUGACGAAUUUGUCCCACAAGAACAAUAUCACAGAAAGAAAAAGAAUCCCGCCUUGCCUUUGACGCAAGAACGUCUUGAACUGCAAUAUCCUCAAGAAAUUUCAAACAAUUCGAUACCAGAACCACAUUCAUCUAAAGAAUUUCCAACAAUUCCGUCUGAGAACAAAUCAUACAACGUAAUUAAACCAUCACCAGAAUUAUUGCAAGCACCCUAUCAACCAUUUGAAACAAUCAUAAAACAUUCUAUUCUAAAACGGAAAAAUUACAAAGGACAAUCAAUGAAAGAAACUCCCAGAGUGAAAAAAUUUCGAUAUCAAUUAUUAGACACUAGAAAUAUAGCAAAAAAGGAGCCUGAAAAAAAUGUUUUUAGUAACGCAAAAAAGGUCGAUAGCGGAAUUAAAAUAAAAAUCCUACCCAAGAAGGAGGAAACAAAACGAAUUGUAAUUCAAAAUCCAAGCGUGACGCAAUUAAUACGACCUAGUGAGAAUCUUAAAUCAUCGAUUGAACUUGCCAAAAAUCAAAUACGACAAGCAAUGCAAAAAAAUGCGUAAAAUGUAUAUUUAUAAAUAUUCGCUAAGUAAAAAGUUUAUAAAUUUCUAAAAAAUU